AGCCAGGAACUAGAGACAGAAAAAGGAUCUCAGCUGGUGGUGUGUGCAAGAUGGAAACCAACCACUCCAUCGCUCCAAAUGAAUAUGAAGAGAUACUCCACGAGUCUGCUGGCUACACUGUUCUGUGGAUCCUAUCACUGGUGGUGCUUGGGAUCACCUUUGUCUUUGGCAUCCUGGGCAAUGGGCUUGUGAUCUGGGUGGCUGGAUUCCGGAUGGCACGCAGCGUCACCACCAUCUGUUACCUGAACUUGGCCUUGGCCGACUUCUCUUUCACUGCCACUCUGCCAUUUCUCAUUGUCUCAAUGGCCAUGAAAGAACGGUGGCCUUUUGGCUGGUUCCUGUGUAAGGUAAUUCACAUUGUGGUGGACAUCAACCUGUUUGGAAGUGUCUUCCUCAUUGCUUUCAUUGCCCUGGACCGCUGUAUUUGUGUCUUGCAUCCAGUCUGGGCCCAGAACCACCGCACUGUAAGUCUGGCUACAAAACUCAUCAUUGGACCCUGGAUUUUUGCCCUAGUCCUUACCUUGCCAGUUUUCAUCUUCUUGACUACAGUAAAUGAUGGAACAGGGAAUAUAUACUGUACUUUCACCUUUGCACACUGGGGCAACAGUACUGAACAGAGGUUGAAGGUGGCUAUCACCAUGUUGACAAUCAGAGGGAUCAUCCGGUUUAUCAUUGGCUUCAGUAUGCCAAUGUCCAUUGUUGCUAUCUGCUAUGGGCUCAUUGCUGCCAAGAUACGUAAAAAAGGCAUGAUUAAAUCCAGCCGUCCCUUAAGGGUCCUUACUGCUGUUGUGGCUUCCUUCUUUCUCUGUUGGUUCCCCUUUCAAAUGGUUGCCCUUUUAAGCACAGUCUGGCUCAAACAGAUACUGUUUGAGGGCAAGUACAAAAUCCUUGAUGUCCUGACUAAUCCAACAAGCUCCCUGGCCUUCUUCAACAGCUGCCUCAAUCCAAUCCUUUACGUCUUCAUGGGCCAAGACUUCCGAGAGAGACUGAUCCACUCCCUGCCUGCCAGUCUGGAGAGGGCCCUUACUGAGGACUUAUCCCAGACCAGUGACACAACAAACAGAUCCACUUUACCUCAUGAAGAAGCAGAGUUACAGGCAAUGUGAGGGCAGCUGGGGGACAUUUUUGAGCUCUGUAUGCUCCUACCCUUCUCCCAUUUCCAGUUCCAUCUUACCUUGGGUCAUACUGAGACACGCAUCAUGAAAGGAAAAAGUGACAUAAGAUGUCAUUUUUGGAUUUUGGGCCUCAGCUUCUUCCCCUGGGAUAAGUGGAGACUUUAAAGGGGUAUAAGGGAGGAGAAGAGAAAGUGAUGGGGAACUGGUAACGCUUAGAUAAGAGGGUAUGGUAAGGGGAAAACUUUAGUUAUUUUACCAUUAAGAUGUUUGCUGUAGGUUUUACUUUAAGCUAUUUUUAAUAAGAUUACAGGAAUUUCUUUGUAUUAAUAGUUUACUAAGUGUUUUCUUCCUUUAAAAAUCAUGAAUGGCUAUAGAACUGUAUCAAAUGAAUUUUAUGCAUAUAUGAAGAUAUUAUUUUUAUCCUUUUAUUUACGCCAUCAUACAUUACCUUGAUUGAUUUUUGCAUGUGAAACUACCCUUGCGUUCCUAGAAUAAACCAGGAUUGGUCAUGAUGUAUUUUGUCUAAUUAUAAUUUAUGUCACUAGAUUUGUUUAUAAUUUAUGCAUUUAUGUUUAUGUAAAGAUGGGUCUGUUAUUUUCCUUUCCACUAAUAUCCUGGUCAGCUUUUGCACCAAACUUCUAAUGGCCUCCUACACAGACUUGGGAAGUGAUUUCUCUGAUUAUAUUCUUUCAUAAAUGUUCAGAAAUUCACCAGUGAAGACAGUUGGCCCUGGGUUUUCUUUCUGGGAAGGCUUUUAGUAACGAGUUCAAUUUUUUUCAUAGUUAUGGGACUAUUCAGAUUUUCUAUUUCCUCUUCCAUCAAUUUUGACAAACUGUGACGUUUAAUAAAUUUAGCCAUUUCAUCCAAACUGUCAAAUCUAUUGGCAUGAAAUGGUAUAAUAACUGUGUGUAGUACCUGGUAUGCUUUCCUUUACAUAAUGAGAAUGUAAGCUAUCUGAAGGCAGGGAUUUUGGUCCAUACUGUUCACCAAUGGAUCCCCAUACCAUAUGUGUAAUAUAGUGCCUAACAUGUGAUAGACAGACACUCAAUAAAUAUUGAAUUGAUGAAUAAAUAAACAAUGGUAUCAUCCAG